AAAAUGCCAGACUGUUUGUCUAAUUUUGUGGAGAUCUUUAUUGGAUGUAUACCAUCUUCUAUUGGGCGAUUCUGUGGUGAGAACCAAGUACCUCACAAGAUGUUUUCUGUAGAUGAGUGCAUGACUGUGGUUUUUCACAGUGAUGGCAGCAGAGAUCAAAAGAUUUAUGUACACUACAAGACUUUAGCUAUUGGCUAUUAUACCUCUGAGGCACUGCCAUAUCAGAAUAUCAGACACAGUCCAUCAUACUUGAAUAGCAGUUCUGGAGAGCUAUCCUCCAUUCACUGGCCAGUAAAGUACCCACAUGAAGAAUUCAAACAGAAAUGGRUCAUCACYRUCCCAGAGCAUCACUCAGUMAAGCUGUCAGUCAUGGCAUUUAGUCUAAGGUAUCAUUGGCAUCAACAGAAAUGCAGUUUGAAUGGUAGUAUUGCAGAUCAGCUUUUUAUUAAGCAUGGUGAGAAACAACUCCAGUAUUGUGGAUCUAAAAAGCCAUUCUCCAUCAUCUUCAAUAAUGCUAAGAAACUGGUCAUAACUUUUAUAACAAACAAGAAAAGUCAUCUAAGAGAAGAGCGAGGAUUUAUAAUAGGAUAUCAGCAUUACAUGUACUAUAAUUCAAUACAUCCCAUUUCCUUUAAGAUGAGAUUGUUUUUGAUAGCCUGGUUUUGUGGGAGUGGCUUUUUUAUUUCUCUUAUCGGCAAAUGCCUGUUAUCGAACGCUAAAGAUUAGAGCCAAAACGUGAAGUUGUUAAAAU